AUGGCGAGCACCACCACUACCUCUACUGCUGCAACGGCGACGACGCCAAAUCCAAAAGUGGACAACAGGAGGAUGCCGCCGCGGCCCAACAAACCACCAGCACAGGGCAAGGGUAAGGGUAAACGACCUACCCAUUUUUUGUGUCUACCACUAGUCACGGACGAGUCGGUCGCCCAGCUGUCAGAGUCGCUGGAAUUUUUCAAAUCUGUGACUACUACCACUACUCCUGAUACUACGAGAUCGUCGGCGACUCUUACGGCCGCCAGCGAAGAUGGACCUGAGCCACACCCGAGCCCGACGGUGGCAUCCAAUACCAACAGUGGAGCCGUACGCGACGAAACUCUCCGUCUCAUACCUCCGGCCGCACAUCGACCACCAGGGACAUUCCACCUGACUCUCGGGGUGAUGGAUUUGUCACAGGAAGAAGAUAUGACACUCGCGCUCAAGUUGCUCGAGCAGAUUGAUUAUGUUGAUUUACUCCGUGCAGCGGGAGCGGGAGAACUGACGGCAGAACCACCACCACGGGGACCAAAACAACCGCAACACCACGACAGUAGACCGCAAACCAGAUCUGAGUCUGAGACUGAGCGUGGCAGCAGAAGAGGCGACAAGGAGGAGGAACGCACAGCGGAAGUUGAAGCACAAAAGCCCGACACGUCGACAGUGACAGUCGUGGCAUCGGCAACAACUACAACCACAUCUAGUACCAAAGACCAAGACCAUGCUCACUCUGGCGCAGAGUCAGACUCUUUGACACCUUCAACUUCGGGUCCAACUUCAGCUUCGCUGCCCACGUCUUUAACGAGAGAAGUCACGCCUCCACCUACAUUAUCACGAAGCAGCAGAGCUUCCGCUGGCACGGUCAACACCACAUCGACAUCCUCACUCUCAGUACCGACGACUACACCAACACCAACACCAUCAAUCUCCUCUAGUUCUAUUCCUAUUCAAACUCCAUCUCCCCUAACAAUAACCCUCCACGGCCUCGGUACAUUUCCCCGCCCCAGCACCAGCCGCGUCUUCUACGCCAACCCCCUCGACACCACAGGCCGCUUAUUACCUUUCGGCAACGCCGUGCGCCGAAUCUUCCAGGAAGCAGGACUGAUCACUGAAACCCGGCCGUUGGUGUUGCAUGCCACCGUGGCGAAUUUGAUUUAUGUUCGAGGAGGAUCCAAAAAACCUCGCGGCGGUCGCAACAACAAAAACAAUAAAUCCGCCAAAAAUAAAGAUGAUGGCACCGUCGACGCCAGGGAUAUUCUGAGAUUUUUUAAUGAUGGUGCUGCAGCCGACUUGUACUACCAGCAGCAGAAGCAGCAGCAGCAGCAGCAGCAGCGCCAAAGCCAGAUCCAAAGCCGUCAAGGACGAGGACAGCUUGAGGUGGAUGUCAGUACCACAGAACAGAUAAUAUCUGCAUCACCGUCAUCAUCACUGCCAACCAGUUCACCAUCAGCAACGCAUGGACUAGGUUCGAAGUUCAUCUGGGCCAGAGAUGUCAACAUCGACCGGAUCCGCAUAUGCAAGAUGGGCGCGGAGCCGUCGGACAUCCCUGGCUGGGGACUGGAGUAUAAGCCGAUCGCGGAGAAGGUGUUUCGUUCUUGA